UAUGUUUUUGUUCUGUAGUCUAUUCCUAAUUUCCAAACUGAGGCGACAUGAAAUUUAAUAAUGGUUUUAAUUUUAAUUGCAACUUUUCAAAAAUUAUUAAAUUAAAAUCAGUGAGAGUGCAUAGUGAUAAAUUAUUUUGACCAAGGUUUCGCUUCAAAUCCUCCUAUAAAAUCUCAAUCUUAACAUUGUUAUUACCAUUUAUAAUUUUAUUAAGAGGGAAAAUACUUCGUUAUUUUAAUAAUGACUUCAGCACUUUAUUUGGAGCAUUAUCUUGAUAGUCUCCAGCACUUGCCCAUAGAAUUACAAAGAAAUUUCAAGUUGAUGCGGGAUUUAGACGAUAGAGCUCAUGGUUUAAUGAGGACAAUUGAUCUUAUGGCUGAUGAAUUACUGCCGAAUAUUCCUAAAAUGGACGAAGAAACGCAAAAAGAAAAGGAAAAUACAAUACAAGGGCUAUUUAAUAAAGCUAAGGAAUACGGUGACGAUAAGGUUCAGCUCGCAAUUCAAACAUACGAGUUAGUGGACAAACACAUACGGCGCCUUGACUCUGACCUCGCACGUUUCGAGUCCGAAAUUCAAGAGAAAGUCAUGAGUUCUCGGGCAGCUCAACAAGCUGCUAGUGAACAGGAAGUUACUCCAACAACUGUUAAGAAGGGCAGAAAGAAGAAUAAAAGUAGUGACAAGACUGUUUCAUCGACGGGAAAGAAAAAACGACAAGGUGCGUCGAGUGAAGACGACGCCGUCGCGAGUGGUAGGUCGGCAGCUAAGAAGAAGGCAUCAAAGAAAGGUUCAGGAGGUUCAGCUAACCCAACUAAAGAACAAGAAGAAAGUGGUGACUUGGAUUCUGUGGCUGGCAUGACCCAUCCUAGUGAUGUAUUAGACAUGCCUGUUGAUCCAAAUGAACCCACAUAUUGUUUGUGUCAUCAAGUGUCCUAUGGUGAAAUGAUUGGUUGUGAUAACCCAGAUUGCCCUAUUGAAUGGUUCCAUUUUGCAUGUGUUGACCUUAAAAUUAAACCUAAAGGUAAAUGGUAUUGUCCUAAAUGUACCCAGGAUAGAAAAAAGAAAUGAUCUAUAAUAAAACCGUCACUAAAGACAGAAGCUAAUAUCUUAGAGGAAGAAGCUGCUGAAAAGACUGUUAGUGUAUAAAAUGAAAUUUAAUUACUUUACUUUAAUAUAUUAAUAUUAAUUAUUUAGUAAGAUAUUAAAUUUAAGUUACUUAUGUGAUCAUGAAGUGUAAUAAUGCAAUGAUAGACAAAACAUAUUCUAAGAAAUUAUUAUGUAUGUGAAAGCAAAUUACAUAAUGCUCUUUUGCAUUUCAGAUUUGACUUACCUUAACAGUAUGUUGUUUUUUAGUAAUUUAAAAAUAAUUUAUUUAAACUUGUCUUGAUUUGAAUUAUAUUAUUAAAAUUUACUAUUUAAAAGUGCUAAUGAAAUCAAUUUACUUUUAAAAUAAAGUCUUGUAUAUCAACAUCAUCAAAUGUUUAUUGAGUAUAGUAAAUACUUAUUAAGUAAAACUACAGUUACAAUCUCUGGCACCUUUACUAUAGUUGGUUUUCUUUUGACAAUAAUUUUGUAAUGUGUAGGGUGCACGAGAUUCUAACAGCGUGUAAAAAUGAUUAUGCCGGAUAAAUAAGUUUUGUAAAUAAUGAGAUGAAAUUUGUAAAUGUAUUGUCACAUCUGAUUUUGAAUCAAAUUAAUUAAUUUGAUAAAUUUAA